GAAGUCAUCCGGUCGCUACAACAUGUCACGAUGUCCAAACUCCGGGUCCACGACCACAUCAGAUGACCAGCCGCACAUCGGUAACUACCGGUUACUGAAAACCAUCGGCAAAGGCAACUUUGCCAAGGUCAAGCUGGCACGACACGUCCUAACUGGAAAAGAGGUGGCUGUCAAGAUCAUAGAUAAGACUCAGCUCAACUCUUCCAGUUUGCAAAAGCUCUUCCGGGAGGUGAGAAUCAUGAAGUUGUUGAAUCAUCCCAACAUAGUCAAGCUCUUUGAGGUGAUAGAGACAGAGAAGACUUUGUACCUGGUAAUGGAGUACGCUAGUGGAGGAGAAGUGUUUGAUUACUUGGUGGCCCAUGGCAGGAUGAAGGAAAAAGAAGCACGUGCCAAAUUCAGACAGAUUGUGUCAGCGGUGCAGUAUUGCCAUCAGAAAUGUAUAGUACACAGAGACCUCAAGGCUGAAAACCUGCUGCUAGACGCAGACAUGAACAUCAAGAUAGCUGAUUUUGGCUUCAGUAACGAGUUUACUCUGGGGAACAAGCUGGACACUUUCUGCGGCUCCCCGCCCUACGCGGCCCCUGAGCUUUUUCAGGGCAAGAAGUACGACGGACCCGAAGUGGACGUCUGGAGCCUGGGGGUGAUCCUCUACACGCUGGUCAGCGGCUCGCUGCCGUUUGAUGGACAGAACCUCAAGGAACUGCGAGAGCGUGUGCUGCGUGGUAAAUACAGGAUUCCUUUCUACAUGUCCACCGACUGUGAGAACUUGCUGAAAAAGUUCCUGAUCCUGAACCCUUCCAAAAGAGGCAGCCUGGAGCAGAUAAUGAGGGACCGAUGGAUGAAUGUGGGCUACGAGGAGGACGAACUCAAACCCUAUAUUGAACCUCAGCCAGAUUAUAAGGACCCAAGGAGAACAGAGAAAAUGCUGCGGAUGGGAUAUUCUCAAGAAGAGAUUCAGGACUCGCUGGUGAACCAGAAGUACAAUGAAGUGAUGGCCACCUACCUGCUUCUGGACUACAGGAACUCUGAGCUGGAUGAAGGUUGCCUUAAGCCACGACCAGGAAGUGAUUUAAGCAACAUAAAUGCCCCUUCCCCGCCUCACAAGGUACAGCGCAGCGUGUCGUCCAACCAGAAGCCUCAGAACCGCAGAGCCACUGAGCAAGGCUCCUCCUACUCCAAGAGAGGAGGUCAGUCAGACAACCGAUCUGGAGUGGAGGAUUCUGGGAGGAAAAGUUCAUCAGGCAGCUCUACCACCAAGGUGCCGGCCAGCCCUCUGGUGCCAUCUGACCGCAAGAAGAGCGCCACGCCUUCCACUAAUAGCAUCCUGUCCACCGGUACCAGCCGCAGUCGGAACUCUCCGCUGGCUGAGAGAGCCACGCUCGGCCAGGGCAUUCAGAACGGCAAGGACAGCCUAAACACUCCGGGCUCCCGAGCCUCCACUGCCUCAGCUGCUGCCGUCCUCUCCUCCUCCUCCUCUCGUCCCCGCCACCACAAGUCCCUGUCCUCCUCCAAUCAUCCAUGCCCCUCUGACCUGCACGCACCACGGCCCAGUGGCGCGUCGCAGCGGGCGCCCGGCGCCUCCCCGUCAGCCCACAACAUCAGCAGCGCCACUGUCUCAGACCGAACCAACUUCCCCAGAGGGGUGGGGAUCCGCAGCACUUUCCACGCGGGACAGCAGCGGGGCGCCCGGGACCAGCAGGGCUCCACCUACUCCGGAAGCCCCGCCUCCCCAUCACUGUCGCACGGCAACAGCCAGGCCCGGAGGACACACGGGGCCACAGGGAUUUUCAGCAAGUUCACAUCCAAGUUUGUUCGCAAAAAUCUCUCGUUCAGGUUUCCAAGAAGGAGUCCGUAUGAGGGAGAGGGUCGGGAUGAGGGCAGCAGGUCUGUGCUGAGCAGUACUGUAGACAAGUCGGAGAAGACGUCCGGCGGCGUUCUCUCCUCGUCUUCCAACAACGACGAGAACAACUCCUCACCGGGGUCUGGCAACACCGGUGGCACCGGCACCCCCCCGGCCAACGCCAGCCAGAAGGAUACGGCCAAGCCUCGCUCCCUGAGGUUCACCUGGUCCAUGAAGACCACGUCGUCCAUGGAGCCCGCGGAGAUGAUGCGCGAGAUCCGCAAGGUGCUCGACUCCAACAGCUGCGAGUACGAGCUGCGCGAGCGCUACAUGCUGAUGUGCGUGUCGGGGAACCCGGCGCGCGACGACUUCGUCCAGUGGGAGAUGGAGGUGUGCAAGCUGCCGCGCCUCUCCCUCAACGGCGUGCGCUUCAAGCGCAUCUCGGGCACGUCCAUCGCCUUCAAGAACAUUGCCUCAAAGAUCGCCAACGAGCUGAAACUGUGAGCGGGAACGAGCCGAGAGGAAGAGGCGUGAUGGGUGGGGGGUAGGGGGCGGGGGGCACACUGAGGUAAGCUAAAGAUUGUUGUGGAGGCCAACGUCUGAACGUAGAGCUGCCGGGUCUGAGACUACAAACCUUUUCUGAUGGAGACUCAGAGCUGACCUCCCCACUGAGGGGGCGGGGCUUCAGUCUAAGACGUUCCACUCUUCUGCAUGAUCUUCUCUUUUUUUAUUUUUAUUUUUGUAGGAGUCACACUUUGAUCACUUGGACCACUCCAGCGUUUCCUCCUAUUUAUUCAGUUUCUCUGCACGCUCUUCGGUUUUAUUUUUGUGGGGGGGUCGAGGUGCACACGGGAGCCUUAUCUUGCUGUUUUGAUUCUGAUCUUCCUGAGAAGUGAACGGACUCGAGCUGAGCCAGGACUUGUUGUUGAAGCACACACACACACACACAUAAUUAGAUGGUUAAAGGACUCCACCUAAUCGAACUCCUCCUCAGCUUCUCCUCCUGCCCUUGAACUCACCGCCCUCCUCCUCCUCCUCCUCUUCCAGCACAAACACAUCCAACCUUUUCACUCCUUUUUCUCCGUUUUGAUUUCGUCUCUCAGCGCCGGGUCCUCGGGGUGGGGGGCUCAGACUCGCCGUCGAUCGUUAAGUUCGUACCGUUUUCGUUUGAAUUACUUUUAAAGAGCUGUGCACUGGAACAAGAGGGGCGUCGUUGAACCUCAACGGAAGAUUCUUGAUGGAUUUUAUGUUGCCUUUUAUUUUUAGAAAGAAAAGACAAUUUUCGGGGGGAGGUUAGUUUUUUAUAAUUUCUUUGUACUGUUUUUAAUUAUUUUUUUUCCCCCCUCCGGAUGUUUGUCGGUAUGACUCGAUUGGCGUCACGCCUUCGGAUCCAGAACCCCUCACGUUGCCACCCCCCCUCCUCUGUUACAGGUCCCAAAAGCAAACUCGCAAAGUUUUAUGUGUAUUAUUAGAAGAAGAAGAAAAAGAUCACUGGAAAACAAACAGUUGACGAUGAAUGGUGAAUUAUUUUCCUGAUAAUAUAUUUUUGUGUCGUUGAAAUUUUGGGU